GGAAUGCUCGCCAACAUCAUUCUCAGGACCAUCAUCAACUUGACGGCUGCCAUAGCCUGCUGGGUGCCUUUCAGACUGUUUCAAAAGAACGGUGAGCUUGCAGGAAUGGUCAUGGUGGUCGCUGUUGGUAUUCUCAAUUUCUACUACGCCCUCAACGCCGUGAUCUGGCACAACGACGACAUCGCCAGCUGGCCCAAGGGCUACGGGUGGUGUGAUAUCCAGCUUGCCUCGUUCCUCCCGCUCGAGACCCUGAAUGCGGCGGCGAUCUGCGCUGUCAUGCAAAACAUCUCCAACCAGGUCUCGCUCAUGAGAGCCAGCGAGCUGACGCGCAGGGAUAAGGCGAGAAAGAACAUGAUGCAGGCCUUGAUUAUCAUUCCCGUUCCAGUCCUGCAGGUCGUCCUUUACUAUUUCAACAUCGCCAAAAGAUACAGCAUUUCGGGCAUUGUAGGAUGCCAGGCAGUCUUCACGAGCACCUCGGUAUUUCUGACCGUAUUUGUUUUACCGCCUCCUAUCUUCGCAGUGGCUGCCGCAUACUUUGCAGGCCUCACAUGGUGGCGGUAUAGGAAGAUAGAUGUGAUCGCCCGGAGGGCAUUGUACAAUUCCGGCGACUUUGGAUCACGCGCACGAAGCAACAGGACGAAACGCAAACUCUACUUCAUGGCUCUCACGAUCAUCGCACCGUAUUGUCCCAUGCAACUGAUCUUCUUAUUCAACAACAUCAAGCUGGGUAUGCCAUGGUCGAAGCCUUAUGAUUUUGCACAGCUCCACGGCCCAGGUUGGGACCAGAUCGACUACAUGGUAAAUCUUUCUCUUUCCCAGAUGGUAAGAAGCCACAUGUACAUCAACUACAUCGCCGCACUAGAAGUCGUCGUCUUCUUCAUCUAUUUCGGGUGUACACAGGAGGCAUAUGAGAUGUACCGCAAGUACCUGCGUACGUUGGGUAUCGGCAAGAUCUUUGCCGGGCUAAGCGAGAGGUGGCCCCCG